CGCCAUAGGGCUUUCAUGAGCUUCGCCUUCCCGCUCUUCAUGACGCUGCUGCACCUGUUGGUUAUCUUCCUGCUGGCCGCCUUGGCACGGCGCGGCUGCUACUGCGCCUGCGCGAAGCGAUCCGCUCGCCCGCCCCUCCUCACCUGGCCCGCCUACCUGCGCCAGGUGGCCCCUGCAGCCCUGUCAACGGCCCUGGACGUGGGACUGAGCAACUGGAGCUUCCUCUACAUCACUGUCUCCCUCUACACCAUGACAAAGUCCUCGGCCAUCCUCUUCAUUUUGUUCUUCUCCCUGGUUUUCAAGCUGGAAGAGCCGAGAGCAGCCCAGGUGCUGGUGGUCCUGCUGAUUGCCGGGGGGCUGUUCCUGUUCACGUACCAGGCUGUGCAGUUCGACAGAGAGGGCUUCGCGCUGGUCCUGGCUGCCUCCUUUUUGGGCGGCAUUCGCUGGACACUGACACAGAUCCUCCUGCAGAAGGAUGAGCUGGGGCUCCAGAACCCCGUCGACACCAUGUUCCACCUGCAACCUGCCAUGUUCCUGGGCCUCUUCCCCCUCUUUGUGGCGUUUGAGGGACUGCCUUUGUCCGCAUCAGAGAAGCUGUUCCGGUUUCAGGACGGCGUGCUCCUGCUGAGCCUCUUAGGGAAGCUGGCCUUGGGGGGCUUGCUCGCUUUUGGACUGGGCUUCUCCGAGUUCCUUCUGGUGUCAAAAACCUCUAGCCUGGCGCUCUCCAUCUCUGGGAUUUUCAAGGAAGUCUGCACUCUGCUCCUGGCCACUCAUCUCCUGGGAGACUACCUGAGCCUCAUGAAUUGGCUGGGCUUUGCCGUCUGCCUCCUGGGGAUAGCUCUGCACAUCAGCUUGAAGGCCCUGGGGGCCAGAGGACAAAAGAGCACCAACCCACGCGAGGAGGCCUGUGAAGUGGAGCUGCUCCUGCGUCAUCAGGAGGAAGAGGCAGAGGAGGAGACGCCGCCCUAGCGCUCUGCCUGGCAAGGCCUCACGGCCACGAGGCGGGAGCCUUUGCCUGCCCACCCUCUUGGCUGCAACGGAGACGCCCACACACACACACACACACACACACACACAUCCCUGCCCGGGGUGAGGGUGGUCCUGCCUCUGUGGGUGCAAGCUCAGCUUCCAGUGGGGAGGCCAGCACCUCCUUAGGAAGGGAGGGAAGGAGCCUGAGCAACUGGGCCCCAAGGCCACGCAGAUGAGCAAGGGAGGGCCCUCCAAGGUGGGCAGGGAGCAGACGGGCUUUG